AAAAAACUGCACCUCUUGAAAUAUGUACACUUUGGCUGAAAUAUAAUUCAUUCGAUUCAUUCACAGUCGAAAAUGGUUAAAGAAGAACCUUUGGAUGCCCACAGUACUGGACAGCAUUGUCGCUUAUGUUUCCACUGGAUGGAUGGUGCACUUUGUGCAAAUCAAUCGAUUGAUAUUUUCAGCUUUGAUGGAAAUUUUAAUUCCACACUUCCUGACAAAAUUCUCGACUGCUUAGAUGUGGACAUAAAUCCGAAUGAAGCUGUGGGCAGAAUUUGUUUAAAUUGUAAGCAAACCAUUCUUUUCAUUGAGGAAUUCCGAAACUUAUGUCAUAAGACCAAAAGCCUCUACGAAUCGGCACAGUUCCGUCAUAACGAUAUCUCCAAAUGGGAAUGCUAUAAUAAACUUGUCACCGAUCUUCGAGUGCUAAUAUGCGAACAACGGGACAGAGUCGAUAACAUAUUGAAUGACGCUAGACACGGGGACAUCAUAAUGACUGUCGAGGGGAUAAAAAUCGAAGAGGAAGAAAUAGAACACAACCAACCAGAGGACACGCCCUUCCGUGAGAAACCAAUGUUAGAAAUCGAAAUAGAGGUGGAGCCUAACGAACUGGUUCCAGCGCCUUCCGGGAUUAAAUCUCUUACUGUUGAAGAAGUUCUAAAGUUCAUUGAGAACAAACCAUAUAAAGAACAUCAAAUUGGCAGCGAGAAGCGUGAUAAUGGGGAACAGAUAUCUUUCGAUCGAGUAGUGGCUAUCGCAGAAGAAAUAAAGACACACCCCGAGCUAUGGAACUUCUCUCUCAAAUGCUCUAUAAACAGCUUGAGUAUGCUCUGGAAAGAUGUGAGCCAGAAGCUCGCGAUGGACAUACCAGCGUUGCGAGCUCACUGGGGUCGAUUGCGUGGUCUAUAUCGCUAUAUUGAAUCAAGCAGGCUGAAGGGUGUUCUGAAACGGGAGCCUACAAACGAAAAGCUUCAGUAUCUGUUCUCGAUUUUACACGGAAUACUUGAAGGCAGGUCUGAGAAUGAAGAUGGUCAAUUUAAUCCGAAGGAACAGCAGCUGGAGCUAGCGCUGGAGGUUCAGCAGUAUCCCAUUAUUUGGUGCUACGCACAUCCUGAAUUCCAUAACGCAAAGUUACGGGAUCUAACUUGGGAUCAAAUUGCUCAAAUAUUUGCCACCGACUGCGAGAGUUUAAAAUGGGAAUGGACGAAGUUGAGGGAUAGAUUCCGCAGUCGAUAUUUGCGCCUGCUGAAGGGCCAAUCUCAGAGCGACAAUGAACUGUUUGAUGAAACCACAUAUGAAGUGCAGAACGAAAUGUUCCGAGAGAAUAUGCGCUCGAGGUCAAAAGAUGGACGGUCCGGCGACGACGAGGGUGCUGAAGGUGAGCUGAAUGAAAAGAAAAAUUCGAACGUGAAGAUCGACAGGCUGGAAUUUGCUAAAGUUUGUUUCGAUAACGAGGCCUUCUGGAAUACUAAGCAUCCAGACUCAACGACUCAUUAUGAAAUAUUGGAGUUUAUUGCGCUGCAGUUCAAUGUGUCCGUAGCGGAAAUAAAAUACGAAUGGAAAAGCCUACGGAAUAGAUACAGAAAUCGGUAUAUGCGCUCUCGAAAUAAUCCAGCGAGGCAAGACGAUAAACUUUUGAAAACGCCUUUCCAUCAACUAAUGAAGAGUAUGUUUGAAGACCACAUGAAAGUUGGAAAGCAUAGCAUUGGUCCCACUACGAAGAAGCACAAGGAAAGUGCCGAAGCUGUUGAAGACGAUAUUGGUGAAAAGAAACCUUUCAGCACUUUGGAAGAGAAAAUGAAACUAGUGGCAGAAAUAGCGACGCAUGAUAUCCUAUGGAACGUGGAACAUCCCCAUUACAUGAAAUCGGGGCUGCGCGAACCCGCGUAUGAGGAAAUUGCAACCAAAUUUGAGCAACCUGUGGCCAUCAUAAAAGAAGAGUGGAGGAAACUCAGAGCGACCUAUCAAUGCCGCAAGCAGCGAUCGAUACGUGACCUCUCCAGUCCAAAUCAGGACGCUAUGGAGCCGUUAUAUGCACUGCUUGAUAAACUGCUUUCGGCAUAUCCUAAGCGCCAACUCAUUGGAAAGCGACGUUUCACUGACGAUGGAUGUACCAAGGUUGAAGUGAACGGAUCAACGCGAUACGUAAAAACAUGCGAGCUCUGUGGGAAGCAAGUUGAGAGAUACUAUUUCGAAUAUCACAUGAAUGGGCACAAGGGUCGCACGCCGUACACGUGCUCUUUCAAAGGGUGCGAUAAACGGUAUGGAAAUAAGAAAAGUCGCGAUAAUCACGAAAUCUCAGCCCAUGGUGGUGAUAACGGUUACAUAUUCGAAUGCGACCAGUGCGGCAAAAAGUUCAAGCAGAAAAACAAAUACAGAUAUCAUUAUGCGGUCAAACAUAAAAGCGAAGAAGUUCCGUGUGAAAUUUGCGGUAAAGUGUUGAAGCACAAAGAUCUUCUCAGAAGCCAUAUGCUUAUUCAUAGGGCAAAUUAUGAAUGUCACGUGUGUGGUAAGGUGUUGCAGAAAAAGUACACCCUAAGUGUCCACAUGCGUGUUCACACCAACGAAAAACCGUUCCCAUGCGAGCUUUGCGAACAACGGUUUAUGUUGAAGGUUCAGAUGAAAACUCACUUGCUAAAAAUGCAUGGUAUCGCGUUGGAGGAGUUACAAGCAACCACAACGGCGAUAAAAAGUUAACGAUAGGGCUCUCGCGUUCAACGGAACAUUGAAGAGCUGAGCUUGUUUAAUAAUUUAUUUUAUUUCACAAUAGCAGCUUGUCACCUUCAUUUUAUAGAUGGCACAGAUCAUUCAUUUCUUCCACACCUCCGGCAGCUGCUUUGUAUCCCAAAUCCUAACCACCAACAACACCCAAUCAAUUUUUCAUCGAACCCGCUACCUCGUGGCUUUUUAGCUGGUAGCUUCAACGCAGUUUAGAUGUUUAUCGUCGUGUUGCUUCCACCUUUUGAUCAACGUGUGUUCUUCAGUCAAGGUGAGAGAAAGCUUUGCUUCUGCAUAUGUCGAUCCGCGGCACGAGGUUUAUGCCCUGGGCGUUGAAAAAUUCACGCGAGUCUUGCUAACUGUGUAAAUAUAAUAAAAUAAAAUAUAGCUCCGGAAGUGCAAGACUUGUUCAGUGAUUGUGAAUUAUUAAACCCAAACCAAAUUUCGAAUCUUAUACUUGAUCCGAAUCGGGAUCACCACACUAACAAUGCAACUGCUCCAUUUGCAUCAGAUCGAAAGAGAUGGCAUUACACUGAAUUCUUUUUUUACGCGGGUGAUACGUGCGCGCAAAAAAAUCGCGUAAUUUCGAGAGGGCUGCGUUAAAAAAUAUAUACCAAUCACAGGCGCGCGCUCGUCACAACCACACUCGCACACGUUCUCGAAGAAUUUCUUUUCUUUUUUUUCUCUUCCCAACGAAGCGACGGUAGACAGAGCCAAAUCGCGUAAUUUCGAGUGAAUCGUGUCAUUUAAACAGGAUCGCAUAAAAAAAUGCGUAAGAUAAAAUCACGUAACGCACUUCUCCUACCGGGGAAACAACUUUUAAACUAUACUAUUUUGAAAAAUUGUCCAGAGAACAUUCAACUGUCGCUCAAAUCGAACUCCCGCAAUUCCUGUGGUCUUACUAUGCCACCUAGAGAAUCACAAGUUUAUACGCACAAUUUGAACUUUUUAAGUGAUAUACUGGAUCACCAUGGUCAUAGGCCGAGGACAUAGGAAACGCGGUGCGAAUAAUUGGAGCUGAUCGCUUUAAAUCGCACUUUUUUUUAUGUUUCAUUCCACUCCAUUCUACAUGUAAACAACCCAGCAGAAGGAUGCCAGAUAUGAUAACGUGUCUUCAUUUUGUAAAUAGUUGAAUUGUGAGAUAUUUAAUUCAGUAAUAAAUUGUAUGUAUUUUUGUCAAAAAAAACUUCAACCGAACACAUAAAUUGAAAGUUCAGCAAAUGAAACAAUUUUCUCAGUGGCUUGGUUACUUUUUCUCACGUGUCUUAUAUUGUUUUUUUCACUUAAUCAACGGCAAUUUUCAUUUUCAUGUGCGUGUAUUUACCUGAAUGGCAAGCCCUUAACGUAAUAUCGUGUUUUUUAGAACUCAUUUCAAUAAAUAUAAAAAAUAUCAAAAGUGGUUUUCAUAAUAAAUUAUAA